GAAAGAAAAGAUCAUCUUCGUAUAUAGUCGGAGGAUAUAAUGAUAAUUCAUGGGAUAGAGGAGUAGUUAAUACAACAAAUAGUUUUAUAUUUCAUAUAAAUAUGUAUGGUAGUGUUAAAGUCGCAACACCGAAAGAAAAUAACAAUAAUUGUAGAAUUAAUACCGACUAUGAACCUACGUUUGGGUCGGGUGAUUUACGUAUAGACGGAUAUAACUGGACGUAUGAAAUUAAUUCAUAUAAUCCAGAUUUUACAAGUGGAACUCAUGAGAUGGAAUUCGUUGAA